GUACCACUGCGAACGUCUAUUGAAGUGACACUCGGGUCUAUGUUGCAUUGAACAUCCGGGUCCUUCGGCUUGAGCCCGGCCGCUGACGUCACGGGAGCAGGAAUGGCGGCGCCGUCUGUCUGGCCGAGAGAGGGAGUCUGAGGUGCCCGAAAACUUUCCUCCGGCGCACACCUCCUGCGGAUUUUUUCACCCACCGAAGGCGCAGAGAGAGUCGUCUCGUGUCUCGAGGUCAAUCACGCCUUUGGCUAGGAGCUCGCACAGCCUAGCUAACCCCUUAUUCGCAACUUUAACCUGCGUUAGCAAAGAAGCUAACGCUGGAGCUCGAGCAGUGAGCGGCGGCUGCAGCAGCACCGGUGUGAAACGUUUGGACUUGAUUAUUUAUUUCAUAUCCCCAGUGUGCGGGGCAAUAAGAAGGGAGUGUUAGAUAAAGGAUUUGGUACUAAGGUUGGCACUAGCAGUCUUGUGGAAGAAGGAAGUGGUGGUAUAGGUAUUGUUAUUUUCCUGCCUAGCCAGCUAAGACAGCGCUAGCAUUGUCGACUUAGCCUGUAUGCCACAAUGGAGAGUUUGACUCUGAGCGACGCGGAGCAGAAAUUCUACUCGGAUCUGUUCGUCUACUGCGACGUGGACAACACGAAGAAAGUGGCCUCCAACGGCAAGGUGCUCGAGUUGUUCCGGGCGGCCCAGCUCUCCAGCGACGUGGUGCUGCAGAUUACCGAACUGUGCGGCGCGACUCGUCUGGGCCACUUCGGUAGGAGUCAGUUCUACAUCGCGCUGAAACUUAUCGCAAUAGCCCAGUCUGGACUGCCGCUUCGCGUCGAGAGCCUGAACAGCGUGAAAGAUUUGCCCCUCCCACGCUUUGUGGUUGCUAAAAACGAACAGGAGGCCAGGCAUGCGGCCGUGUACCCGGAAACAGAGAACCAAGGGCCAUACUUCAGUGUGAUCCCCAGACCCCCAGGUCGUGUCCCGGCCAAAAAAGUGUCAACUCACGAAGUGAUCCAGCCAUGUGCACCCCCUGUCGAACCCCAGCCAGACACCACGUCUCCUGUAGUGUCUCCUCACCAGUCUCCACCCACCUCACCUCCCGCAUGGAGGAAGCACAAGCGCCAACCCAGCGGCGGCACCGUGGACCGACAGGCGGCGGUGGCAGGAGCCGUGUGGACACCGUUUAGAGAAGCACAAUCAGGUCCGGUAGCAGGUGAUGGGAUGUGGUCUGCUCACUCUCCUCCUCCCGUUCAGGAAAACUGGGUCAGUUUUACAGACACUCCUCCCUCCAGCACACUUCCAGCAAUGCAUCCCUCUUCUGCUCAGGAGAGCACGACAGUACGAACAGUGGCAUCUGCUGCGACUACAAACGAGAUCCAAAGACAGGCCAGUGGUUAUGACGACCCCUGGAAAAUAACAGAUGAGCAAAGACAGUAUUACAUUAAUCAGUUCAAAACUAUACAACCGGAUUUGACCGGUUUUAUCCCUGGUUCUGCUGCAAAGGAGUUUUUCACGAAGUCGAAGCUGCCUAUUUUAGAAUUGUCUCACAUUUGGGAAUUAUCAGACUUUGAUAAAGAUGGUGCACUGACCCUGGACGAGUUCUGUGCAGCGUUUCAUCUCGUGGUUGCCCGAAAGAACGGUUAUGACCUUCCUGAGAAGCUUCCAGAGAGCUUGAUGCCUAAGCUUAUUGACUUGGAUGACUCAGCAGGAGUUCCAGAGCCUGCUCCUGAAGUGGGCUUUGCUGGUUCCCCAGUGGAGGUGACACCUAAUAAAUCCCCCUCCAUGCCUUCCUUAAAUCAGACCUGGCCUGAACUCAACCAGAGCAAUGAGCAGUGGGAGACUUUUAGCGAACGCUCCUCAAGCUCACAAACUCUGACCCAAUUUGAUUCUAACAUUGCACCAGCUGACCCUGAUACGGCCAUUGUGCAUCCUGUACCCAUCCGUAUGACGCCUAGCAAGAUACACAUGCAGGAGAUGGAGUUGAAGAGAACUGGAAGUGAUCACGCACAUCCAACAAGUCCAUUAAUCACCAAGCCUCCUGAACUCUCCGAAGAGAAAAAGCUUGCAGCGAUUAAAUUCUCUGGCGGUUCUGUAGGUGACGGCUAUAGCAGCUCUGAUUCAUAUACGUCUGAUCAAGAGCCCAUUUCAAGUGCUGUAACCAGACAGAGGUCUCACUCUGGGACUUCCCCUGAAGGUCUGAAAGCUGUGGCUCCGCCCCCUCCCCCUCCCCGCCCUCAUGCUUCACACUCACGCUCUUCCUCUUUAGAUAUGACCAGGACCUUUGCCACAGUCACUGCAGGGGCUCAGCAGCAGGCAGGCGUGGUGGCUUUUCCUCCUGCUGUUCCUCCUCGGCCACUGGCUACACAGACAUCAGUACCACACGGGCACCGUACGAUAGAUGGAGAUGGUCUUCCAGUGCAUUCCAGCACUUCGCCCCAGCAGAUACCAGAACAGCCCAAUUUUGCAGAUUUCAGCCAGUUCCAGGCAUUUGCAGUGGAGCAGCCUGCAGAUGAAGGCGACAAACAGCAGGACACUGUGCAGGUGGAGAAAUGUGCAGAUUCUGCCACUGCUUUGCGAUCAGUGAAGAGUGAAACUCAACCAGAGGAACGACCUGCAGCCACUGUGAACUCUGCCAAAGGAUCCACUCCUUUAGCUCCUCCUCCCAAACCUGUCAGGCGAAGGCUGAAAUCAGAAGAUGAGCUCAGACCUGAAGUGGACGAGCACCCUCAGAAAUCUAAUAUCGUUGCCACCGUUCUCGCCACGCAGCCUUCUAUACAACGGUCUGUUGGGAAGGAUAAAAAGGCAAUCCAAGCAUCUAUUAGAAGAAACAAAGAGACCAAUACGGUUCUCGCCAGACUCAACAGUGAAUUACAGCAGCAGUUAAAGGACUUGCUAGAGGAGAGAAUAUCAUUGGAAGUACAACUGGAGCAGCUGAGACCUUUUUCUCAUUUGUAAGCACGUGAAGGAAAAGCCAUGAUGAACGACAGGAAAGGACAGACAGAUCCUCUGGGAGGAUGCUCAUGUCAGCCCUUUUCCUGCUCCUCAUCUGGCUGCGUGAGGAAAGACUCUGCUGCUUCCUCCAUAAUGCUCUCACACACCCCAUCCUGCUCUGAUAGAGAGGCUGUCUGUACAGCCAAGGGGAGGAAUAUAGAACAUUUUGGCACUUUGAUCAAACAGAGUGUGAGUUAAAGAUAAAAAAUCGGUCCUCUGCUUGUGCUGCACUCGGUUAACACUGCUAUCAUCAUGGGGCGUAAAUGUUCCUGUAUCACACUGAGGAUGAUGGGAAGGGGAUGAUUCUCCAGUGGUUCUGGCCUGAUAAUCAUUCAAGCGCAGGGGAGGACUGAUUUUUGUUUUUCUUUUCUUUCGGGGAGAUGCUCUGCUUCAAAAGUAUGUUUGCGAAUGACUAGGCCCUCACUCAUUUUCCUUGUAAGCUCCCUAACAUGCCUUUGGUCAACACCAGUAUAUAUAUAUAUAUAUAUGUGUGUGUGUGUGUGUGUGUGUGUGUGUGUGUGUGUGUGUGUGUGUGUGUGUGUGUGUGUGUGUGUGUGUGUGUGUGUGUGUGUGUGUGUGUGUUUGUCCGAGUGUGUGUGAUGGUUAUAAAUAUAUAUCAUAGUUCAGAGAUUCUCAGCUCUGGUCCUGAAGGUCACAGCUCUGCACAUCCAUUACACUUGAUCAGCACUUGACGAUGAUAAUGAUGAUGAAGAAGCUUGAUGUACGUUAGCACCAGGUAAAAGUGUUAGCAGGAGUGGAGUUGAGAAAUCCUGGUAUAAGGCAUCAAAAAGCGCUGUCUUUUUUUUUUUUUUUUUUAAACAUCUGUGGUAUAGCAAAGUUUUUGUACCUUGUACAGUCAUUGACUCUGUUUAAGAGACCUUUUUUUUCCUGACUCCUGCGCUCGUGAGAGCAUUUCCUGUAUGGCACAGAACACUUGAGCGAGUCAUGCUUCAGAAUCCCGUUUCUUGUUCCAUCAGUAAAAAAGAAAAGAAAAAGAGAGACCUGAAACUGCACUUUCUUUCCCUAUGGCUUUCCUCCGUUCGUCCAGUUUUUACCACCGCUUUCCGCACCCUGUCCCUGUUCUUAUUUGAUCUAAAAAUCACUCUUAAAAUCGAACCAAUUGAUUUAUAUUAACUAGUACUAGUUUUUUACAUGCUUGAUAAAUAACGUCUUAAGUGUUUGGUUAGUUCAUUUGUCUUUCCGUCUGUCCACUUUUCCCUGAAGCCUUACUCCUUUCAUUCAGGUUUUUACACUAAUCUCUCUCUCUCUCUCUCUCUCUCUCUCUCUCUCUCUCUCUCUCUCUCUCUCUCUCCCUCUCCCUCUCCUCCUCCCCCCCCAGUGUUGAAUCAAGGUGAACCGUUUUUGUUUGUUUGUUUUUUUUCCUGCUGUUCAGGUCGAUGUACUGUAUAAGGCGUUUGUUGUAUAUUGUACGAUACACACCUUUUGAGCUCAUAUGUAAAUUUGCAUUAAUUGCUAACUAAUAGCAAAUAUUCUAUUUAAUUGCUUAUAUUAUGGCUGUGGGAUCAUAGAUGUUUAACUGCAUGGAUGUAUCUCUGCAGAAUGAACUAGCAGCUGUGUGAUUUUUACACAAAAUAAAAAUGGCACAAUAUUUUAA